AGAGAGGAAUUCCCGAGAAUACCCCCGUCCGUUCCUCAAAAUCUCGUCCCGCAAGCGCCAAUAGCGUCCCCCACACUCUCUGUCUCUCUCUCUCGCUUUCUCUCUCCCCGCGAUGGAGAAAGCCGAGAGCUCCGCCUCCACAUCGGAGCCAGACUCCGACGAGAACCACCACCGCCACCCGACGAACCACCACAUCAACCCUCCCUCCGGCCUCACCCCGCUCGAGUUCGCCUCCCUCAUCCCCUCCGUCGCCGAGCACCACUCCUACCUCGUCGGCUCCGGGCAAUGCUCCUCACUCCUCGCCCAGCGCGUCCAAGCGCCGCCCGACGCCGUCUGGUCCGUCGUCCGCCGCUUCGACAAGCCCCAAACCUACAAGCACUUCAUCAAGAGCUGCGCCGUCAAAGAGCCCUUUCACAUGGCCGUCGGCGUCACUCGAGACGUCAAUGUCAUCUCCGGCCUCCCCGCCGCCACCAGCACCGAACGCCUCGACCUCCUCGACGACAUCCGCUGCGUCACCGGCUUUAGCAUCAUCGGCGGCGAACACCGCCUCCGCAACUACCGCUCCGUCACUACCGUCCAUUCCUUCGAGGACGACGCCGACGACGGCAAGAUCUACACCGUCGUCCUCGAAUCCUACGUCGUCGACGUCCCCGACGGCAACACCGAAGAGGACACGCGUCUCUUCGCCGAUACCGUCGUCAAGCUCAACCUCCAGAAGCUCGCCUCCGUCACCGAAGGAACCAACCGCGACGGUGACGGUAAGUCACACUCGCGGUGAAGAAGCAAACACGCCUCAAUAAAACAAAAUAUAUAUUAAAGAAAAAAAAGAAAGAAUUGGAAUUUGAAACUAAUCGCUCCCUCGUCAAUUCAUAAAAGGAGAAAAGCAAAACAAGUUUUUCUCUCUUUUCUCUUUAUUUUCUUUUUUUCCUCAAAUUCAUUUUGUUUUCGUUUUAUUUUAUUUUUUUCGGGUGAGACUGUCGUUUUUUUGUUCUGUUUUUUAUUAUUUUCUGUUGUUAUUACAAUGGGUGAGGGCAUUUCGGUCAAUACACGUGUACAGGAAAUGUUGACUUUGUGAUGCUUGUUGAUGGUGUGUCUUUUUAACCGUUCUGUUCUGUGAAUAUCAUUUGCUUUUUUUGCUCGAUUUUAUUCCAUGUAUAAAUCUUUUUUCCUUUUUC